ACCAGAGAGUCUGCGAGCUGCUGCGUUCACAGUUCUCAGUGUCUGUGUGGUAUAAAUCAAAUCAUGGGGGCCAACGAUCUGAAGAUGAACUCUGACCCCGCGGGGUUACGACCUCCUGCCCGACGCCGGAGUCCCUUCAACAGCAUCAAGUUCUUUGUGUUUUGUCACAGUUUGCUGCAGCUGGCGCAGCUGUUGGUGUCGGGCUACAUGAAGAGCUCCAUCUCCACCAUCGAGAGGCGCUACGGCUUGACCAGCCAGAGGUCCGGACUCCUGGCUGCUUUCAACGAGGUGGGGAACACGGUCCUCAUCGUGUUUGUGAGUUUCUUGGGGAGUCGAGUCCAUCGGCCGCGGUUCAUCGGAGGCGGAGCUCUGCUGGCCUGCCUCGCCUCGCUGCUCAUGGCGCUGCCGCACUUCCUGGGAGGACCGUACGAGUACACAAAUCACAUCAGCUCCUUCGGUAAUAACAGCUCUGGCCUCUGCCAAUCAGAGAGCACCGUCACCACCUCCUCGCCCAAUCAGAGCUGCAGCCAGCAGCAGAGCCGUGCCCAGCAGGGCAUGUACCCUCUGCUGCUCAUGGGGCAGCUGCUGCUGGGUAUCGGAGCCGUGCCCAUCCAGCCGUUCGGCAUUUCCUACAUCGACGACUACGCCAGCAAGAAGAACUCCCCGCUGUACCUCGGAAUCCUCCUCGCUGUGACCUCCAUCGGCCCGGCCCUCGGCUUCAUCACCGGCUCCUUCAUGCUGCGCUUUUAUGUCGACUUUGACAAGUUGUCCAAAGACCAGAUCGAGAUGAACCACCAGGACCUGCGCUGGGUGGGGGCCUGGUGGCUCGGCUUCCUGGUGGCGUCCUGCCUCCUCUUCCUCGCCGCGCUGCCGUACCUCUUCUUCCCCAGGAGCAUCCCCAAAGAAGAUGGCGCCGACGAUGUGGAGUCCAAACCGGACAGCAAGCAGCAGCUGCAGCAGACAGACGGAGACGUCUCACUCCUUCAGUUCCUCAAAAGUUUUCCUUGUAUCGCUCUGCGAACGCUGCGGAGCCCCAUCUACCUGCUGGUGGUUCUGGCGCAGGUUAAUCUGGCGGCGCUGCUGUCCGGCCUCGCCACCUUUAUGGCGAAGUUCAUCGAGAAACAGUUCAGCCAGACGGUGUCCUUUUCUGCCAUGAUGAUAGGAGGAGUUUGCAUCCCGCUGGCGGUGCUGGGCACCGUCCUGGGUGGGGUUCUGAUGCGGAGGUUGAAUCUUUCGGUCAGCGGUGCCAGCAAGUUGUGCACCGCUGCCAUCCUGCUCUGUCUGUUCUCCUCCACGCCGCUGUUGCUCAUCGGCUGCCCCACCCAGAAGGUCGCCGGGGUCUUUCCUCAGAGCAGUGAUGCGAUGUCGUGCAGCGCCAGCUGUCACUGUCCUGAGGAGGCGUUUAACCCGGUCUGUGGUUCAGACGGCGUCGAGUUCACAUCCCCCUGCCACGCUGGCUGUAUGACAAUAGAGACAGAUGCCAACAACAAAGUCACAAACUACACCGGUUGUCGGUGUUCCAGCGGUUUCGCCUCUCCUCACACCUGUGGCAGCGGAUGCUCCAACCUUCUCCUCCCCUUCGUGGCUCUGCUCGGUGUCACCAGCUUUAUCGCCUCCUUCUCUCAGACGCCGUCCUACAUGAUGAUCCUCAGGACUGUGCCCACAGAGGACAAGUCUUUGGCAGUGGGAGUUCAGUACAUGCUGUUCAGAGUGCUCGCGUUCAUGCCCGGCCCGGUGUUGUACGGCACCGUUAUCGACACCACCUGCAUCCUGUGGGGCGAAAAGUGCGGCAAGCAGACUUCCUGCCAGUACUACGACCUGGAGCGCUUCAGACAGAGGUUUCUGGGUCUGCAGGUGGUGUUUGUGUGCGGGGGGCUGCUCUGCUUCCUGCUGACGAUCGUGGUCCUGCGCAGGAGGGCCGGACGGCAGGAGCCACAGCCGGAGAGCAAAGGAGGCUACGAGCUGGUGAACGCUUCGUCUAAAGAAGAGGGAGUGAAGGGCCUCAAGACCUGAAGCAACACAAGGGGAGGACGCAGGGAAAGAAAGACACAGAGACUGAACGACGAGGAAAGAGUUUGUAAAGAUGGUCGUAAAGGAACGUGGAUAACAAGGAUCAGUCAGCCGGCACGAUGAGGCUCAGACACUCGUAUGUUUUACACCCACUACUAUGCUAACGCAGGGAUUACUUGUGUGUUUGUACAUAAGCUGAUUCAUAUAUUGUGACAAAUACGAUGUAUUCAAGCUGCCGCGUCCAUUUUCUCUACAUUCGUUCUUCCGGGAUUUCAAGUUUUGAGCUUUUGCCGAAGCCUCGGCUGUUCUUUGUCCCUCUGUGCUGGAUGCUAAUCGAAUGGCCUCCACAGCGGACAACGAUCAAACCCUCCUGAUAUGAACACCAUUCAUCCUUUUCACAGAACAAGCUUUGCUGCCCUGGUUAUACCUGCAGAGCGGACAUUUGUCGAUCCCUUCUGGCAGUUAGAAUCAUUACAAAACACUGACGUACUUUUACAAGCUCCGAAAACGAUAUAGAAAAUGUCCAAAUAUAAGAAACAUAUUGAUGACUAUCUCGCCUGAACAAAUAUUAAACCUUAAUAACAGUUUUUUUAAGCUUCAUAUAUAAAGUAAUCUUAUUUUGCCUGUAAAACGGAAGUAAAAUGACAAAAUGACACAACAUGUUGGCGCCCUGCUUCAGGCAAAGAAUGAGGUCAACACAUGACCUCCACUUUAAAAUGAAUCCUGUAAUGGCCACUAGAUGCUGCUCAAAGGGAACUCUGACUGCAUUGAAGUGAAUGGGAAAAAUCAAGAGUUGUUGGUCGUUCCGCUUCUUUGGUCCAGUCUGAAAUAUCUCGACAACUAUUGUUGAUAGAUUUCCAUGAAACUUAUUUUUCAGACUUUUGAGGUUCCCAGAGGAAGAAUUCUAUUGACUUUGGUGACGUUCCUCUGACGUUUCCUUUUCCCGCCAAUUAAAUUGUCCAAGACUAUCACUAUAUUUUUUGCCAAUUUAUAAAAGAAAUUGCGUACCAAAUGACUUCACAAACCAGGGGUGUUUUCUUUUCCUGCAAUUCAUUUGCACGUCAACAUUUUCAUGAAUUAUUUCACACAGAAUGUAAAUAUUACGCAAUGAAAAAGUACCGUCAUUGUUUUCAGUUGCAAGGUCGAUUUUUCUGAGCUUCGCACGCUAAUAAAUGCACCAACCAAUCACGUUGUUUAUAAAACAACAACACGGUGGCUCCUUAGUCCGAACCAAGACUGCAAACUUUAUUAGUCCUUUUAACCUUGACAAAUGGAGCGUAUACCAGAUCCACUCCUUCCUUCUUACCUUUCACAAUAAAAGCCCUAGACAUUUAAUAUUAGCAGCCAAGUAUUUCACAGGUUUGUGUUGUAUAUUCGUGCCCCCGGUUUGUUGCCUCUGAUGGGGAACACGGGAAAGAUUAUAGCUGCUAUUGCUAUUUUCAGGUCAGCAUUUAGCUUGAAGCUAAUUUGAGAUGGAUGGUAAUCAGAAAGACGAGUGAGAGAAUUAAAAUACUGUGAACUGACAAUGCAACACAACAUACAUUAAAUAUGAGUUAAAUUACAUUCAGUUACAGACUCACUGAUAUGAAACGUCCACAUUUAGUUGUUUUUUUAUAAAUUGGAGCUUUCAGAACAGUUUUGUUGUGUUAUCGUAGAGUUUUGUCAUUUUGUACAUAUAUUAAACUUUGUCUUUUACUAUGAAAAUCACAACCAUAUAUAUUUUUUUAAGCAAAUAAAAUGUAUAAAGAUUCCUUGUAGAUCACUGAUCUACUAAUAAUUAAUCAUCUAUAUUUAGAUAUAUAUUGUUUUUGUAUCCUGAUGAAUCUUUUAACACAAAUCACAAAAUCCAACGUGUCGUGAGCUUCGAUGCUUCUGAGAAACAAAGAACCGUGACGUGUUUCUCGUUACGUUGUUUUGUUUCUUUAAUCAAAUUAACAUUUGGAGUUAAUUUCUUAAAUGUCUGUUUUUGUCCCUUUGUUUGUAAAUUAUCCAUUGUUUGUUGUUGUUCUAAAAGGCCGGUGAACUGUACGCUCAGAAGUUUCAAUAGAUAUGUUUCCAAAAAUAAUAAAAAUAAAAGUUAUUGUUGAAUUGUUUUGGUA